ACAGCGCCCGGCGGCGGCGCGAACAGCAGCGAGGAGGUUGGCUCUAGGCUCGGAGCUCACCGCGGGUUCCCGCACAGGGCCCAGCGGGUUGAGGACCCACGGAUUCGGCAGCGCUGGAGGAUGCAGACGCAGCUCCGGGCGGUAGCAGCGGGCCGCCUGACGUCCUGCAGGUGAGCUCUGGAAUAUGCGCACAGAGUUCUUGGCUGGUCACAGGGUUUUCAUUAGUUCUGUCUCCAGGAUCGGCAGUCGAGCAGCUGGGGCCCUGGAGGGCUUGAAGCCUUUUCACAGUGAUGGCGGAGAAACGGCCACAGGGCCCCCUGGGGCCCAUGCUCUACGGCAAGCUGCCCCGUCUAGAGGCCGACUCUGGACCCCGGCACAGCUUGGCUCCCUCUGCUGCUAACCAGGACCCCUGCAACUACAAGGGUGCCUACUUCUGCCCCAUGGAGGGUGCUGCCAAAGCAGGGCCAGAGCGGUUGGCAUCCUGGACCCGGUACCCACCUUUGUGUCCUGCCAGCAUGGCAGGAUCCCCACUUCGGGAAGACAGCCUGUUGGCCAGCUGUCUGCUCUAUCGCCCACCGGCAGGAAGCUCUGAGAAGGUGCAGGACUCUGGCCCUGGUGAGCUCCUGCCCUUCAGUCCCCAGGCUCAUUCCUACCCAUGCCCCCCGCUGGCAGCACCCAAACCCGUCUAUCGCAGCCCUCUGUGUUACGGGCUCUCGGCUUGCCUGGGGGAAGGGGCGGCGAAGAGGUCAUUGGAUGUUGAUUGGACACUGAUGGCUGGGCCCCUGUUACCCCCGGCCGAUGCACCUUGUUCUCUGACCCUGGCUCCUGGCAAGGGUCAGUCCCUGGAUGGCACCUUCUUGCGUGGAGUGUCAGUUGGGGGAUCUGGCAAAGACUCCUCAGGGAGCUUCUCCCCGUGCCAGGCAUUCCUGGACAAGUAUCAGACCGUCCAUAGCACGGGCUUCCUGGCCUCCAAGUAUGCAGGACCUUAUUCUGGGGACCCCAAGCAGUCAUUGUCUGAGGGACCUCCCAGUCCUUGGACCCAGCUGGCCCAACCCUUAGGGCCAGCCUACCAGGAUACAGUGCCCUCCCACUACCCACUCCCUCCGCCUGCACAGGCUCUGUCCUGCCCUCCAGCCUGUCACCACCCAGAGAAGCAGAGCAGCUACAGCUCGGUGCCCCCACUACAGCCUCUGGGAGCCCACAAGGGAGCUGGGUACCUGGCUGGUGGGCUGAGUAGCCCCUACCUGAGGCACCAGACAGCCCAGACACCCUGCAUGCCCCCAGUGGGGCUGGACACUUAUUCCUAUCCCUCUGUCCCCCUCCCAGCACCCUCACCAGGCCUUAAGGUGGAACCACCUCUUGCUCCACGGUGCCCACUUGACUUUGCCCCCCAGUCACUGGGCUUUCCUUAUGCACGGGAUGACCUUGUUCUCUAUGGAGCAUCCCCAGGGCUCAGAGGGACACCACCUUCCCAGAACAGUGUUCAGGCUGUGCCACAGCCCAGUGCCGUCCAGCAAGCGUGCCAGCCCAUGAGUGCCAGUCAGCCAUGCCCAGAGCCUGUGACUGAAGUACGGGAAACUCAGGAGACCAUGUGGCUGCCGAGCUGCAGGAAAGAACAGCUCCAGCCCCAGCUCAAAGAGCACCCUAGGGCACCCAUUGUCAUUGGAGAUAGUCCAGUUCCCCGCACCCCACCGGCACUCCCAUCCUGUGCCCAGGAGCACCGGUCUGUUCUAGACAGCCAGGGCACGCUGUCCCCUGGCUCUCCACCCAUGCCCAUUAUCGACAAUGUCUUCAGCCUGGCCCCCUACCGUGACUAUCUAGAUGUGCAGACACCCGAGGCUGCCUCUGAGCCUGAUGCGGCCCAACCCCCCAAGGACAGCCAUGACCAAGACUCCAGGGAGACUCCGCCUGCCCAGGAGGCCCCUUUGAGGGAGCGUUGCUCACUUAGGGAGGAGGUGGCACUGGACUUGAGUGUGAAGAAACCCAUGGCAGAGGCUCCUCCUGUCAAGGUCCCCAGUCCUGCGGCGCACCCCGAGCUCCCUGUAGCCGUGGGUGUGCCGGGCGUGGGGAGCACAGUCUCAGAGUUACCUGGGUUGCCAGUGACCACUGAGGCCGCCCCAAAGACCAACUUCCACAGCUCUGUGGCCUUCAUGUUUCGAAAAUUCAAGAUCCUCCGGCCAGCACCCUUGCCUGCAGCCAUGGUCCCAUCCGUGCCCACCUCGGUCCCUGCCUCUGACCAGCCUGCACCCACCUCUACAUCCAUGCCCAUUGGACUGCAGAUUCUCACCCAGCCCUUGCCUGUGGCCUGCUUUGACCUGGCACUGCCCAGUUCUCCAGCUGUAUCUGUGGCCACCACAGCCUCUACUGUGGCUCCAUCACAUGCUCCAGCCCAGACUCCAACUCCAGCUUCUACCCCUGUCACAGUGGACUCCCCAGAGCAAUACUUUGCAGGGCUGCAUGAGUCCCUGUGUGAUGCCAUCUCGGGCUCAGUGGCCCACUCCCCACCCGAGAAGCUGCGCGAAUGGCUGGAGACAGCCGGGCCGUGGGGCCAGGCAGCGUGGCAGGACGGCCAGGCUGUGCAGGGGCUGCUGGACAGGCUGCUGUCCCAGCUGCAGCGCUUCGUGUGCACACAGCAGUGCCCCUUCCCCCACGUCGUGCGGGCUGGCGCCAUCUUUGUGCCCAUCCACCUGGUGAAGGAGCGGCUCUUCCCGAGGCUGCCGCCUGCUUCUGUGGACCACGUGCUGCAGGAGCAUCGGGUGGAGCUGCGACCCACCACACUGUCGGAGGAGCGGGCGUUGCGGGAGCGGGCCCUGCGUGGCUGCACCUCACGCAUGCUGAAGUUGCUGGCGCUGCGCCAGCUGCCCGACAUAUACCCUGACUUGCUGGGCCUGCAGUGGCGUGACUGUGUACGCCGCCAGCUGGGUGACUUUGACACUGAGGCUGGAUAUGUGCCAUCCUCAGAACCCACCAUGGCCAGAGAUGAGCCAGACAGCCUCUCCCUGGCUCAGAAGUCACCCAUCCCCAAGGCCAGGAAGCUGGGGAGGAAGCCACCAACUCCUGGCCCGGAGAAAGCAGAGGCGACUGCUGGGGGAGAGUCCCACGGUGCCUCACCUGCCCCUGAUGCCAGCGCCAGCCUACCCAGCCCCACACUGAGGGCCCGCUGCCGAAGACUGCUGGCAACCGCCUGGCUUAAUGGCCUGGCACUGCCCACUUGGGGCCACAAGGCCUCAGGAGCAGCCCUGCCCUCGCCCCGCCCACAGCUCUUGAGCGGCCAGAGCCAUCACCUGUAGCACUGGUGGCUGGUGCUGUUUGGACAGCUACUGUUUGGUAAUCACUCUAUCCCUCCCUCCAGCUGGCCAGCUGCCCAGGAGAGGAGGGGAUGUGCCCUUGGAGUGCUUCUCACCUGGCCCUGCUCCCCACCACGCCAGGCUGGGAGUCCCUGGACUUUUAACUUGAGGGCCUUUAUUAGAAAGGACUACUUUCCAUCUUUAGAGAAGACGUGUGCUUUGGAGUUCCACCAACCAGGGCCCGGAUCCUGGCUCCUUGCUGUGUAACUGGCAAGUCACUUCCUCCCUUGAGCCCUUAGUUCCCUGUUUGUAAAGCAAAAACAUAACCUACCUCACAAGGUUGUGCGGGGGUGAUGCCUGGCACACACCCGUCAUGGUUCGCUCCCUGCUUCCUCCCCAGGACAAAGGCCCAGCUCCCAGCCUGGGCCUGGGCUAUGAGGCUGAGGCAGACAACCUCCAGGAAGUUUUUAUAUGUCAUAGGACUUGGUUAUCUUGGGGUGGUACAGUGAACCCCACACUUUCUAGAGUCAUUCCCCAGGAAAGCCUAGAGUUACAGCCCCAGUGUUUGGGCUUGGGUCCUAAACCCCAGCCUGUAGCUCCCUGAGGGAGUCUGCCACCCCCCAUCCCCGCUACAGGGGUGCAGGGGUAUAGCCUGGGGCUGGCAUCCUUGUUCUGGGCCUGCUGUUCUCACCCCCAGGAGGUCCCAGGCCUGUCCUAAGUUGAUGCCAGUGACUGCUCUGAACUACCAACCUCACCUAGCGCAUUAUCCCAAGAAAGCUGUAUGUCUGCUGGAAGCCGAGCAUCUGCAGCGACUAGAAGGGACGGGCUGAGAGAUAGCUCAGUGCUGAAAGGUCUCUGAAGAUGCAGACUGAGGACUUUGGGGCUCUGCAAGCUGCAGCCCUAUCAGCCAGGCCUGCUAUGGGUUACUUCCUUGCAGUGCUAAACUGAGCCCAGAGUCUGGCGAGCUAGCCCCUUGGCCUGGUUAAGUUUGUAAUAAGGCUGUGGUCCAGGGAGACUCUGCCUGCCCUGGAGGCCCUUUUGAGGACGCACUGCUCACUUAGGGAGGAGGUGGCACUGGACUUGAGUGUGAAGAAAAUGGCAGAGGCUCCUCCUGUCAAGGUCUCCAGUCCUGCAGUGCACUCCGAACUCCCUGUAGCCGUGGGUGUGCCAGGCGUGGUGUCCCCCCCUGCCCCCCACCCCAGAGACAGUCUCGGAGGCAGGCCAUUAAACAUUAAAGCAUAUGGGUUGGUUUGGGA